CUGGCCCCAGCCGCCCUUGAUUGGCACAGAGAAAUACAACCAAAUCCCUCAGAGCCGGCAAGUUCAAACACUUUGUCAAGAUACCGCCAGCUAGCUGAUAGCACAGUGUUCGUUUUGCUCAUGGAUUUUUCUGUAUACAUCCGCUUAGUGAUCGAGACUUAAAAAGAAAAAGUUAUCUGUUUUGACGGCAUUUUAUAAUCGCUGAUAAAAACUCACUUAGAGGCUUAAAAGUGAGCAUGCGCAGUGUAGACGUUGCGUAAAAGUAUGGCGUCGCAAAUCACGCGCAGUUCCAAGGCCAUGCGGAAUGAUAUAUCAGAUAAAGGCGCUACUUGCUCUCUGUAGUGUUUAGUCACAGACGCACAUCGAGGUCGUGUAAACGAAAGCUACAACACGUGAAAGCACAUGUGUGAUUUUUCGUUUUAAAAUACAUAGUUUUAAGUUAGCAGAGGAACGUACUGCAUUUAGAAGUCUUCAAAACUAACGAUUAUAAGCCAUCCCUAAUUUUGAAAAGUUAAAUCUUGUCGUCAGUCGUGCGAACAUAUUUAAGGAAAAUAAUGACAGCAGCCUCUUGAAGCGACACAAUGUGCUACUUUAUAGUUUCGAAAUGCGACUGUGUGCAACUGUGAAGGCUUCGUUUCUCCAACAGGUUGAAUUAUGAUAUCUGCCAUGUUACUUACUGUUUUGAUUUUUUUCAUCAUCGUUUAUGGGCAGGUGCCUUUGACAGCCCUAAAAAACCCCGAAAAGUGUGAACGGAUUACCAUUCCCCUAUGUCAAGACCUUCCUUACAACAUGACUAGGAUGCCGAACCUGAUGGGACACACGAAUCAGGCUGAUGCUGCUAUUGAAGUCCACGAGUAUGUGUCACUGGUCAAAUUCGGUUGUUCUCAGCAUUUAAAGUUCUUUCUGUGCUCACUUUAUGCUCCAAUGUGUGCCCAUCAAGUAGAUGUUCCCAUACCGUCCUGUCGGUCCGUCUGCGAAGAAGUUAAGGCACGGUGUUUUCCCAUUCUUGAGCGGUUGGCGUUUGGGUGGCCUACCAAGCUGAGCUGUAGCCGACUGCCCGUACCAGGAAAGAACGGUUUGUGUAUGGAACUGCCAGAUAUCACAGAAGAACGGCGCUCACGCAAUAAGGAAAGCGAAAAGGGCAUUAAAGCUGAGAAAGGUAAAACCAAUUACAAAAGUAUUAAUCCCAAUCUACUCCCUUCUCGCCUAUAUCCCAAAACUCGCGAAGACGGUAUCUCCGACGUCGACGGGGGAAAAGAGGAAUACAGCUACGGAGGCAAAAACGUGAACAUUGAACGUGAUUUAUCUGCGAAGUUUUGUCCUAGAAACUUCGUGUCAGUGCUAUCCAAAACCACAAGCGUGAAAACGUGUGUUCCUCGAUGUGACCGUGACAUUUUGUUCUCUCGCCAUGACAAAAAUGUCGUGGACAUUUGGAUGAUUGUGUGGUCAGCCUUCUGUUUCAUGGCAACUCUUUUGACGGUAGCCACGUUCUGGGUCGAUACUGCUCGCUUUCGGUACCCCGAGCGGCCCAUUAUCUUUCUGAGCAUGUGUUGCUGUAAUAUAAGCAUUGCUUAUCUCGUCCGUUCCUUCGCAGGCGCUGAAUUCAUAUCCUGCGAAAAAACAGAAAGAGACAGCUACCUGGUGAAAGAAGGCUUAGAGAGUACAGGAUGUAUCAUAGUUUUCUUGUUGCUCUACUAUUUUGGAAUGGCAGCAGCCCUCUGGUGGCUAGUUUUGACUUGCGCGUGGUUUUUGGCUGCCGGACGCAAAUGGGGACACGAGGCCAUCGAAUCUCGUGCAUCAUAUUUCCAUGUACUGGCAUGGGGGGUGCCAGCAAUAUUGACCAUCAUAGUGUUGACUUUACGACAAGUUGAAGGGGAGGAAUUGACUGGACUAUGUAAUGUUGGCAGCAGAAGUCGAGAUGCCUUGCUCCGAUUUGUAAUUUUUCCUCUUUGUUUCUUCUUUUUCUUCGGAAGUGUCUUCAUCAUCUUAGGGUUUUCUUCGCUUGUGCGGAUCCGAAGAGUGAUGAAACAAGGUGAUCGGAACACCAACAAGUUAGAAAGACACAUGGUAAGAAUUGGUACAUUUUCUAUACUGUAUACUGUUCCAGCAAUCAGUGUGAUCGCCUGUCAGGUGUACGAGUACAUCAAUAGACCCGGAUGGUAUGCAGUUGCCAUGGACACUGCGCCCCAGUGCUCUUAUCCUACAGCAGGAGGCUGUUCCUUAGACCAAAGCAUCCCUAGUGAGGAAGUUUUCAUGUUAAAACAUGCUAUGACGUUAUUGCAGGGAAUCGCCACCGGAGUGUGGGUGUGGAACAGUAAGACCUGGAACUCAUGGGCAACAUUUUUUAACAAUCAAAUUAGGCGAAAACCGAGGAGGAGUGUGAAAUCUCCAACUAUUGUGUACCGUCCACCCCAUGUAGUACUACUGAAGUAAAUAUCAAAUCCAAAACCAACAGAUACCGUGACGUGUCUGUAAAUGGUCGCUGUAACAUAAACAUCUUACAUAAGUUCGUACAUAACAUAUAUGUGUAUUAUUGUUGUAAAAUACGGAUCACAGUGGAUAUACGAGACAGCCUAACACAACUUUGAUAUUGUAUAUGCAUACAUAUAAGGACGAGAGAAACUGAUAGGAUCUUAGCUAAUACAUAGCUCUUUAGGAGUAUAUGAAUUAAUUAUAUUUAGGAAGUUUAAGUAUAGGCGCUGAAAAAAAAACAUACGUGUUGAAAAUUAACUUUUUGUAGAUAUAAAAACAAUGGAAAAUUGAACGAUGGUUUAAUAGUUUUGUGUAUCUUAAACAACAAUGUAUGUGUAAAUAUAUAUACACGAAUACUCAUUUCUGUUUCUAUUCUGCUUGUACAUACUGUUUUAGGCUAUGUUAACUUAUUAUUACUGUAUUAUUCUAAAUGCAGUAAUUUCUUGUUUAUAAUAUUGGAUCGUUCGUUUUGUUAAGAUUUUUUAACAAAGGAACGUUAAUUGUGUUAGAAUUUUUAACAUAGGAACGUUAAUUUUAUAGAUUUUUAACAUAGGAACGUUAAUUUUGUUAGAUUUUUUAACAAAGGAACGUUAAUUUUGUUAGAUUUUUUAACAUAGGAACGUUAAUUUUGUUGGAUUUUUUAACAAAGGGACGUUAAUUUUGUUAGAUUCUUUAAUAUAGUAGCGUAAUAGCAAAGCGCCUUACUUGUAUUUAUAUUUCACCUAGUAAUGAAUUUUCAUUAAUACUCUUUUGUACAAAUCACUGGAGUGAGAUUUUAAAUAAACACUAAUCAUUUUA